CUGUGAAUGUAACACAUACAUACAAUAAAAAUAGAAGAAAAAAACGGAGAAAAAGUUGUUUUUAAGCAGCUCAACUGCACUAAAUAACAUUGAGCACAGAUCAACUGGGCCAAUAUAGCCGAUAUCAGACCACAAAUACACGGGUUUGGCUACACCAUGGCGUCCGAGGAGCUACCAGCUGACCUGGACAAGUUGAAAAUAACACAGACUCAUCCUCCCAUCAAGACUGUGGAACGGAACCCCUUUUACGAUGCAGUUAAUGGAUUCGAUCCGUCUGACAAUCCAGAGGCAUCGACGAGCUGCAAGCCACGAUCACAACACCGCUGGAAGUGCAGACCGCGUCGCAGGUCCGAAAGUUGCCUGCAGGACUGCAAGCAGGAGGACUCCUUUGUUCCAGAAGAAUCGUUCGAGAUUGUUAGUCCCUUGAGCUGCUCCCACGGAGUGCAGAAGCAUUCGCAAAAGCGCAAGAACCUCUUUCGCCAGCCCAUUUUGAGGUCCCUGAACAGCUGCGAGCAUGGCAAGUGGACUGUGCGCAGCGGACGCAUUGUGGCCUGCAAGCCUAAGGACGAAACCAGUGAUAUUGUUGGCCAGGUCAACGAGGACAUGAAGUCGAGUUACUCGUGCGCAUUUCGCGAUGUCAUCGGCGAGUGCAAUGCCAUGCUCGAUGAAUCCAGGAGAAGCACGCUGGGAAAUAGCUGGCACUCAUCGAAGGGACGUCGCUCAGAAAGUUCCAUAGAGGAGCCAGGACCUUCAGGACUUCAAAGCCAUAAGAGCGACUCGCUAGCCGUCUCCGCCGCCACGAGAUCGCUCUCAGCCGUUUCGCUAAUGGGAUCCACGUGCUCGCAGCAGGCCAGCUACAAUUCCACGAACCCCGGGAACUGUGAUGAUGUGACCAUCGGUGAGCUGGCCAGCUACUUCGACACCAUUGUUCAUAUUCCAAAAAAGAUGUCCUCAAUGGCCGAGAUGAUGUAUAUUUAAUUAUUGGCUCCUAAACCUUUAUUAACUCAAAACCCUGUCUCUGAAUAUAUUUGUAAGUUUCGAGUGUACGAUAUGUAUGUUAUUUGUGAAUUCAAUUACACAAUUUCAGCUCUUCUAAACUUCAGUUGGUUAAUCUAAAUAUUUAUACUGUAUAUUAUGUACAUAGUCAUUGGUAUAUUCUGCGAAUUACAGCAUUUCUAAAUACACCUAAAA